AUGGCGAAUAAGUUUGGAUUAGGUUCUUUAUCUUUAGAAACCAAAAAACCUAACACUACAGCGUGGAUAAAUAAAGCGAAACCUUACUUCCUGGAUCAAAUCGGAGACACUCUUCAAGGUGAUUUAGAUAUGAACAAUUUUAGCAUAACUAAUUUAAAGUCUCUGGAAAACGAUAAUGAUGCCAUUCACAAGAAAUAUUUAAUGCAACAAUUAAAUUUAAUUGAAGUAAAUAAAGAUCAUUUAAAAGAAAGAAUAAAUGAUGUGAAAAGAUUCUUCAAACGACAAAUGAAUAAUAAAGAUUUUAUUGAUGAUACUAAAUUACAACAAGAAGUAAAAGUUGAUUCAUUAUUCUUCACACAAGGCUUAAGUAGACAUAAUAACAAAUUUAACGCUAAAAAAGUUCUUCAGUUUAUCAAUGGUACAAAAAAUGUAGAAACUAAAGAAUAUGAAAGUAACGACGAAAACAACAAGCUUCACCACUUAUAUGAAAUUAAAACGAGUGGAAAAUAUAUAGAUAGGCUUAGAAUGUUAAUCAUACAAGAUAAAGAAGAAGAUGAAUUUAUAUUGAGUGAUUUUGAUAUGAUAUUGGAAACGGAAACUCCACCAUCAAUGAAUAUUAUUAGAAAUCCAGAACCACAAAAAGAUAUAAGCUUUUAUGAGUUUUUACGAGCAACAGACUUUGAAUACGUAAAACUAUAUUUUGUUGAUAAUGAUAAAGAUACGUUUCAACAGGAAUUAAAUGCUCUGGAAACUAAACUUAACAGUGAAUUACAAAAAGAACUAACAAAUAUUCAUCAACAAAUACAAAAUAUUGAUGAUAGUGUUAUUCAACAACAGAUAAACACGAUUAAUAACCUAGUUUUAAAACAGGAUAAAAAUAUAGUCGCAUUAGAAAAAAAGAAAGAAUCAUAUUAUUUCAAUCUUCCAUUUGGAAAUUUGAGAGAUUACGAUGCUUCUAUUACUGAUAAUAUUGAUAAAUCAAAAGACUAUGGAUAUAAAAAAUAUGGAUUUACAGCAAAUAUUAGAGUAUAUUCUGUUCCAAAUUAUACUAUUCAUCCCAAAAAUAUUUUUGAUCCAGAUGCUCAUAAAUCUUAUCAACCAAUAUAUUUUGAUUUCCGAGGAAAACUAAUAAUUGAAAUAACUUUCUCUUUUCAGGUAAAAGUUGAUUCAUUAUUCUUCACACAAGGCUUCUUCACACGAGGCUUACGUAGACAUAAUAAAAAAUUUAACGCUAAAAAAGUUCUUCAGUUUAUCAAUGGUACAAAAAACGUAGAAACUAAAGAAUAUGAAAGUAACGACGAAAACAACAAGCUUCACCACUUAUAUGAAAUUAAAACGAGUGGAAAAUAUAUAGAUAGGUUUAGAAUGUUAAUCAUACAAGAUAAAGAAGAAGAUGAAUAUAUAUUGAGUGAUUUUGAUAUGAUAUUGGAAACGGAAACUCCACCAUCAAUGAAUAUUAUUAGAAAUCCAGAACCACAAAAAAAGAUAUAA